CGUCAUCAAAAUAAUUCCGAAUCUGAAAACGACGCGUUCACUUCGUCUGCUGUGAAUAAUAAUUUCAAAAUUAAAUUUAUUGAAAAACCCGUCGAUUUAUAGUUCAAAACUGUCCUACGAUGAGCGCAAUGGAGGAAGAUUUCGAGGAGGAAGGAUGGAUCAACCGCAACAACCAACCGGGCGAGGAAGAGCCCGAGCCUCAUGAGGAACCUUUGGAAAAUCCCCAGGAGGUGCUCACUGAGUGCCUUUCCAAAUUUGCUACAUCUGACUACAUCAUGGAACCUGGGAUAUUUACCCAGCUGAAACGGUAUUUCCAAGCCGGAGGAACUCCGGAACAGGUGAUUAAUCAACUGUCGGCCAACUAUACAGCCGUAGCUCAGAUGGCAAACCUUUUGGCCGAGUGGCUCAUUCUGGCAGGUGUGCGAGUGACCGAUGUUCAGGCUAUGGUCGAAAAUCACCUUAAAGAUAUGAUCCUGAAAACAUUUGAUCCAAAGAAAGCGGACAAGAUUUUCACGGAAGAAGGUGAAACGCCGGCCUGGUUAACGGAAAUGAUUGAACAUCACACCUGGCGGUCACUAAUCUAUAGACUUGCCGAAGAAUAUCCCGACUGUUUGAUGUUGAAUUUCACCAUCAAGCUGAUUUCUGACGCGGGUUAUCAAAGCGAAAUCACUUCCAUUUCAACUGCUGCACAGCAAAUAGAAGUUUUUUCUAGGGUAUUGAAAACUUCAAUCGCCAAAUUUUUAAAUCACCCCGAAGAUUGGCAUAGCGCUAUUCACGAAUGUGCCAAAAUGGUGUGUCACGGUCAGCACACGUACGUCUACAGUCAGGUUCUGGUUCAGGUACUAUCCCAAGAACCGAAAGGUGGUUUCAUAAUGAAAAGAUUGGCACAGGAAAUUACGAAAUAUGCGCUGAAGAAUAAUCAUAACGUAACUCCGAUUACUAUGGCUUUGAAUGGUUCUGCGCGACAUCCGCAGGCAUGCGAGGCCCUGACUUCUAUGUUGACUCGCAACGCACUUAACCCAGCCGACAUCACGGUACUGUUUCGGAACUAUUCCUCUCCGGAGCCACCGCCGAUUGAUCUCAUAAGGAAUCCACAGUUUCUGGAACUGCUGGUAGACUCGCUGUUUAAGGUGGGUGUCAAAAUCAACCAGGAACACAAAUCUAAGUAUGUCUACCUGCUGGCGUACGCUGCCAGUGUUUGCGAAACGCCGGCGAAGAAGGGCCAACCCAAGGGAUCACGCAACACCAACAAGGAUGAGCUGAAGCCGACAAUACAGGCCAUCGAGAAGGUUCAUGCCAUCUGCAACGUAAAUCGUGGCUCAACGGAGCUGAUUGCCGAAAUAUCUACUCUUUACAACUGUAUCCGUUUUCCGGUUGUUGGGGUGGGCGUGAUUCGAUGGAUUGAAAAUACCGUCACUGAGCCGUCUUACUUCAAGCUGUGCACCGAGAGCUGCCCGCUGCAUUUGGCCCUGCUAGACGAGGUGGCAUGUGUUCAUUCGUCUUUGCAUGACCAGAUCCUGCGGUUGCUGAUUCAGUUGUUCGAAUCCAAGCAAGAUGAGUUGGAAAUUUUGGUUCAACUGGAAAUGAAGAAGAUGUUACUGGACCGAAUGGUAAAUCUGUUGGCAAGGGGUUGUGUGGUACCGGUUGUCAAAUAUAUUCGCGAGUGUUGCAACAAAGGAGAUACGGAUAUAUCGUUGAUCCGAUACUUCGUGACGGAAGUGUUGGAAACCAUAACCCAUCCUUACUCGCCAGAGUUUGUUCAACUGUUUCUGCCAAUGGUGGAGAAUGAGGAAAUUACUGGAUCGAUGAGAGGCGAGGGAGACAAUGAUCCGGUGUCGGAGUUCAUAGUACAUUGCAAAGCCCAUUAUACGACAAUCUAGGCAGACUGCGGCCUAGAAACUUGGAGGAUUAAACAAAUUUCAUAGUUUAUAUGCGAAUGAGAAUGAACGAGUUUAUUUUACAAUUUA